CGCCGUAGAUUAAUGACGUCACGGAUCAAAGUUGAAAUUGUUCCAAACAGAAAAAGCAUGGAGUCCGAAGAGAGAAGAACCAGCUCUAGAGCUUCUAAAAAGGGUGGAAAACACGUCAAAGUACAAAGCGCAGAAGAAGAAGCUAGAAGGAGGGAGGUGGUCAGAGAGAAGCUUAGAGAGAGACUGGAACUGGAGAAAAGAGCCCUGCAGGUGGUGGAGCGUCUUCUUGAGGACAGUGUGGCCGAGAGCUUCUUGCUUGACUGUGCCAGGUUUAUCACGGCUGCAAAUUACAAAGAUGCAGUAGAGGAAAGAUCCAUCACCAAACUCUGUGGUUAUCCUUUAUGUCCAAAUAAACUGGGAAAGAUCCCAAGACAACAAUACACCAUUUCUACUAAGCCCAAUAAGGUGUAUGACAUCACAGAGCGCAAGUGUUUUUGCAGUAACUUUUGCUAUAAAGCCUCCAAAGAAUUUGAGGUCCAGAUAUCAACAACACCACUUUGGCUCAGGCAGCAUGAGAGUCCUCCAGAAAUAAAGCUGAUGAAGAAAGGAGAUAUUGGGAGUUCUGGUAAGGAGGUGCUGCUGACACAGAGGCGCCUCCAGGAGCAGGACGUUGACCAUCCAGUGAAUACUCAAUGUGAGGACCCUCAUGAGCAUGCGAUUGCAACCUGCCACAGCGACAGCAGUGAUGAUGAGCUGGAGCAGGACUUCAUUUCCAGUGUGGUCUCUCAGCAACAGAGACCCAGGGUGCACUGGCGUGACUUGAAGUCAAAUGAAGAAAAGAAAGAAGGACGGGGGAAGCCUGUGAGGGUAAAGAAAUUGACCGCAGAGGAAGAUGGAGAAGUGCAAAGGCAUCAUGGGUCUUUUGCUAGCGAAACAGAGCUUGGAGCUGAAGAAGCUAAACAGCAAUUGCACAAGGAAAUCGGUGUGGAGGAGGUGACGGAAAACCUGAAUUCAUGCAGUCUGCACACUGAAGCAGCAUCACAGCAACGCCAUGCAACCACUCCUACUUCUUCUACUAUUACUGAAUCAACCCUCCAAACCGAAAUCAGCUUGCCUGUAUUGACAGAGAUGAAUACAGACAACAACGCUUCAUCCAACCAGCCAAGCCUCAACAUCAUCCAAGUGGGGAUGACCAAGCGAGGGGCACAAGGGCUCAGAGAUCUCCUGAAGAACCACCCCCACCGGCCGGCAGUCAAACGGAUUGGGCUGAAUCUCCUUGAAUCCCUAAGAGCAACGUUGAAGGAAUGGCUGACAGAUGAAACCCUGAAGUUCCUGCACUGUGCUGACCAUCAGCUUGACUCUCCCCCUACCAACAUGAAGGAAGAAGAAGAAGAGGAACUGGAUGAAGAUGACAUAGAGGAGGAAGUGACGGCAGGAGGUCGAGGAGGGUGUGUUGCAGGCGAGCAGAAGAAACCUACAAUGCCAGCUCCGGACUUUGAGAUGCUUAAGAAGGAAACCCAGCAGCUGGGACUUAAAGUCAAAGAGUUUUAUAAUGGCACCUGUGUUCUUCCUGAGAAGGCAGAGGAGAUGAAUGGAAAUGAAGUGGACCAGAGCACAAGUAACACCUCACUUCUGCCGCUUGUUGACUCCAAAGCUCAGCAUCUCAUCCAAAAGCGAAUCACCGUGGAGAAGCUUGCCAGCUGUCUCAAAAACAUUGUGGGCCCGCUUAGUCUCACCUUGAGUGACAUCACCAGUGACCUAAACAACCUGGUCAGGACAUUCAGGUUUACCAACACCAACAUCAUCCACAAAACUCCAGAGUGGACCCUCAUCGCUGUUGUGAUCCUCCAUCUGUUGUCCGGCGUGUCUCCAGUAAUUCGAGAGGCCUUGGAGGCGCCGUCAUCAGUAGAGCAUUUCAACACGCUGAUGGAGGAGCUGGGCCUUCAGCAGCAGGACCUCUUGAACCUGCUCGAGAUGUUUAAAACCCCGGCAUGUUUACUGCUAAGGCUACAAUAUCAAGAUCUCCAAAUCAGAUCCUUGAGCUUCCACAGCUCUGGAUGUCGAAUGCGUGUCCAAACAAAUCACACCCAGGAUUUCCCAGUGAAAACAACAUGUGGACAUGCUGCUUACUGCUCUGGUCCACUUUCCUCUGGAAGCCUUUCCCACAAAGGUCACAGCCGAAGGGUUUGAAUCCUGUGUGUUUCCUGCUGUGUGUGAUCAGGUUGGAGCUCUGGCUGAAGGCCUUCCCGCACACUUGGCACUUGUGCGGCUUCUCGCCUGCAAAAUGACGCAGUUGAGUCGCGUUGAUGCUCUAACAAAGUGCGCGUGUGAUAUUGUCUCUCACCGGUGUGGAUAAACGUGUGUUUUUUCAUGUCCGACUUUUGGUGGAACCUCUUCCCGCAGUACUGACACGGAUAAGGCCGCGUGUCCGAGUGGAUGAGCAGGUGGGUGGACAGCGUGGACGAGCGCUUAAAGCUUUUGCCGCAGAUUUUGCAGCUGAAGCUCCUCUCCUGUGCACAAAAGCAUACGAUUUCAUGCGCAAUCCACCGUUUCAGAGAGCUCCAAAUGGAACUGGCCUUGGCCUACCUGCGAGUGGACCGCCCUGUGUUGGUCCAGGCUUACUGCGUGGCCGAAGGUUUUGCCGCAAAUUCCACACUCGAAGGGACGAGUGCCGCUGUGUGACCGCCUUACGUGGACCUCCAGGCCGUGGGGCGUGGAGAACACCUUAAGAAAACACGGCGCAGACAUUCCGAAUCGGGGAAAAACUUGUUUUUCUCUGAAGGCCAUGAAUUAACACCUAACCAAAAUAUUACUGUUCCCAGUCAACUACGGUAAUAAUUCAAAACAGCAUUGGUUCUGUAAUAUACCCACGUGCAAAUCUGGUAUUGGAUGGUAUAAUUCUCACCUUAUAACACUUGAUGCACUUAUAGGAGCCAUCAGUGUCGAGGUUGAUGCACAUUAAAUCAUCUUCACUCUUGAUUUCAGUCCCACGCUGUCUCUCUUUUAGGUCCACAAACUGCUCAGAGUCCCGCGUCCUGCACAUUUGUUGGACCGGAGCAGAAUAAUCCUGAUAGCUUCCUUCUGCAGCAGUGGCCCUCUGUGCAUAAAGUAAGGCCUCGGUUCCUGGGCCUCCGCAGAGCUUAAGCUGUGAGUGAGGCUCCCUGUGGCCCUGCAGGUGUCGGUGGUAUGGACUCUGGGCCGCAUGCCGCAGCCCCGAACCGGUGUAGGAGGCCCACGAGUAAGCUCGGAAGAGCGGCAUGUUGAAGUGGUGGUGGCCAUCCUCUGCUGUUGGUGUGUAACACUCCUCUGAUUCUGGAAGAGAAAUGUCCUCGAAUGUGAGUACAGUGCGGUUUUACUUGGAAAAAGAUUCAAAGUUUAGUAAGUAAGGCGGUGCAAUUCCUUAAAAAAACGGAAUCAUUGUAGCACAAAACAUGUGUACACGUGUAUAAUCAUGCAUAAGGCAGAUAAUAAAAUAUUAGAAGCCGGUGAGCAUCCAAGUCAAAAGUUUCACUGGCAUAAUAAAUGUUAAUGUGUGCUUUACGGCUCCUAAAGUUGAAAACAGUUAUGAGGCAUAAUGCUGAAUGAGACCUGGAGAGGAGGAUGGCGACGGAGGAUGCCACAAAUCACAGUCCGAACCUCGGUCACUGCCUCCGCAGCUUAGCGGAGAGCUGGAGGGCAGCGAACCCGAUGACACGCGCUGGGGCCCCGGAGAUAGUCUGUCAGUGGUCACGGCCUCCAAACUGCCCUCCACUUGACAUUUUGCCUCUAUAGUAAGCAGCAGGAGACAUUAUUUUAAUAUAAUAUGGACGAUAUUAUCUGGGAAUCCAGUGCGUAAUUACGCACAAAUGACCAACCUGCGUUUAUGUGAGCCAGAAGUGUAUCCAGGCCGAUGUAGUCGUCAUCCAGGUGUCGGGGUUGGUGGUAGCUGUGGGCCCGCUUACUCUUCACCAGGAAAGACCUCGGCAUGUUGUUUA